AUGCGCUCCCGCCCCGCCAUGAUGGCGCUCUUUGGCAUGGUCUGGCUUCUCAAGGUCCGCAAGCACUUGCGCCACUGCGCACACUGCCGGGCGCACCUGCGCACCUGCGCUCAGUGCCGGGCUCGGCCUUCUCCCUCCCUUAUUAGCUCGCGGGACUCCACUAAAGAGUCCUGCGCGCAGGACACCGCCUCGCAGACUUCCCCGCCCGAGCAGGAGCGCAGUAGGAUCUCUCUGGACCUAGUUGCGCAUCCACCGCCUCGGGACGAUGAUAGUGAUGACCCGGAUGUGGCUAAGGGCGACGAACGGGGAAUCGAACCCCCGGACGAUCGCGAGGAUGAGAAUCAGUACCUCUACCCUAGCCAUGCGCCGCCUGCGCCGCGGAGCCCUGGCGCCAGGUCGCCGCGCAGGACUCACGAGGGUAUGAACGCGGCACAGGAGCCGUGUGAGAGCGCAGCUGGGUCCUUGGCUAGCCGGGUAUGUAGCCUCUACGGGCAGGAAUCGGGGAUCGAACCGGCUAGCGAGCGCAGGAGAUCCUUCAGCGCCGUCAAACGGCGUAGUCUACCGGAGGGGGAGGAGACUCGAACGUCGACCCUGCCGCGGCAGAGCUCCGCGGGGGGCGGCGGCUUCCGUUUCUGCUACACCCCGGGGCACACACACCCCUACGCCUGCCCCCCCCUAGCCGGCUCCACCCCCCACCUCCCCCACGACACCUGGGACACCACCCAGGUGCACACUGCGCACCCCACCCGACACCUGCGGGAGGCGCCGCAGGAGUCCCGCCACCUGCGGGAGGCGCCGCAGGAGUCCCGCCACCUGCGGGAGGCGCCGCAGGAGCCCCGCCACCUGCGGGAAGCGCCGCAGGAGCCCCGCCACCUGCGGGAAGCGCCGCAGGAGCCUCAUUACUUGCGGGAAGCGCCGCAGGAGUCCCGCCACCUGCGGGAGGCGCCGCAGGAGCCCCACCACCUGCGGGAAGCGCCGCAGGAGCUCCGCCACCUGCGGGAAGCGCCGCAGGAGCCCCGCCACCUGCGGGAAGCACCGCAGGAGCCUCAUUACUUGCGGGAGGCGCCGCAGGAGCCCCGCCACCUGCGGGAGGCGCCGCAGGAACCCCACUACCUGCGGGAGGAGGCCCUGGAGGGGGCGUACGGUGGGUCAGACUCCAGCCGCAGCUCCCGCAGCACCUACAGUGACCGCAGCUUGCCCCCGCCCCUGCCAUUCUCGGAGGGGGCUAUCCACUACCUCCCCGCCCCUACCCAUGCCCCAGUGCCCACCCACGCCCACUACCACCAACUCUACUCACGCCCAGGGCGUGCAGACGGGGGGUACGGGCGGCGGUCUAGCGUGCCCGGGGCGCCGUGCCCGACUACCCAGAGGGAGAUCCACUACUGGGAUGGAGUAUGGUCCAUCCCCACUAGCUCCAUCACUACCACCUUCCUGGGCGCCGAAUACCCCACUUACGACCCAACGACGGUACCCGGGCGCGACCGCCGGCCGCAGUUUGAUGCCCAUGCCCCAGUACCCAGGGCACGGAGCUCCUCCAGAUCCCGCAGCUCCCCUGUGCGGCGAGGCCGCAGCCAUUCCCGCAGCCCCAGCAGACAUCUAGGGCGGGUGGAUCUGCUGGAGGAGUGUGGUGGGGUGGAGGGUGGGGGGGGCAAGGGAGUGCCGCCCCCGCCUCGUGAGUGGGCGGCUCCUGCGGCUUCUAGAACCUCCUACUGCGCCCUCCACGGCUACAACAGACCUCAAG